AUGUUACAAGAUGAUUCUCCUGAUUCGGAAAUGAAUAUAGCAAGAGAAUUUUGGAAAACGAUAUUCAAUGGAUAUGAUAUAAAUAAACCUAACAAAGUUUUACCAUACGAUUAUCGUGAAACUGUCGAAAUUGUUGGUCGAUCCGGUUUUGGUGGUACUCUGUGCAGUUCGAUUGAAGAUGAGGAAUUGGUUUGUAGUAUGUUGACACUUGUGCAAGAACAUAACGUGUCUAUGUUUCAAUUAUUUUUAACUUGUUAUCAUUUGUUCAUUUAUAAAUUAACAGAUGAUAAUGAUGUACUCAUAGACAGCAUCACUGCAAAUCGUUAUCGUCCAGAAAUUGAAUAUGCGAUUGGUAUGUUUCUAAGUUUUUUCCCAUAUAGAUUAGCUAUUGAUCCAAACAUGUCAUUUAUUGAUUUGUUGUCAAAAGUGCAUGGAAAUUGUGUUAAUAUUCUACAACAUUCCAAAUUACCAUUACCAGAAAUAUUAAAUAUACAAUACAGUGGUAAUCCACGUAUGGAUCGUACUUCUUCAACCGUAUUUUUCUUUGAAACUGAUACAUAUAAAAUUGAUGAAGUUGUUCUCGAAGAUGCUGUUUGUAAGUUCCUUCCUGACGCAGAUCGUCCUGCACAUAUAUCAAAAUUUGAUUUGUUGUUUUCUGUGAAACACGAUGUUUCCGACACAGGUCAACCACAGCGAUUCUUUCUGUUGUGGAACUAUUCAACCGAUUUAUUCACUGAAAAAACAAUAUCUAAAAUGGAUAAACAAUUUAGACACUUAUUAAAUAUUCUGUUUUCAAAAUCAUCUAUGUUCGAUAUCAAUCAGCAACCAUUGUAUGAACUAUCGUUAUUUAGUUGUUAG